UCUACCUUGUACUUAUAAAUAGGUAGACCACAUCCACCAUCCUACUCCAAAGUCUUCUUCUAGUAUCAGUUGAUAAAUCUUGUACUCAAAAGGUCUAUUCUUGUGCAUUCCUCCUUGGUGAUAUUCAUGGGUACCUGUCUGCCCUCGGUGAUUACAAACGCCAUGCAAAUCCUCAAGCUGCAGCCUGUUCAUAUUAGAAAUCAGUCUGAUGUUCCAAGAGGCCAUUUUGCAGUUUAUGUGGGAGAUACUCAGAAGAAGCGAUUUGUGGUACCAAUAUCUUACUUGAAUCAUCCUUCAUUCCAAGACUUGCUGCAGCAGGCCGAGGAAGAGUUUGGAUUUGAUCAUCCAAUGGGUGGUCUUACAAUUCCUUGCAAAGAAGAGACUUUUGUUGAUCUUGCUUCUCGACUGAAUCAUCUGUGACUGCUGGGAAGUAGAGAUAUUCUACUAUAUUUCUUGGGAUUUUCUUUUGUUUUUUUUUUUUUCUCGUUUUUUUCCCUCUAAGAUAGAGGUGUAGUAAACCCCCGUAUGGUAAAUGCUAAGUUCAAUCCCCAUAAAUGAAGUUGUUUCUCCCCAAGUUGAGCCAGGUGACAAAUAGUUUUCCUUCAAAACUCUCACGCUGAUUCUCUGGCCUUGUAUCUGAGGGAACUGAAAAUUAUGAUCAGUUUGCAUUGUAUACAAGUCUUCUGCUGAUUGGAAAUAUUUGAACACCAAAACACAGUGUGCAACAUGAACGUGUAGGAGACUGAGUCAAACACCUUUGUGGUUCAGAGAAAUUCUCAAUGAUUCUCCCUAUGAUGUCAAAACAUGAUUCGGUCUUAGGUCUGCCAUACACAAGCAAACUACAUAGAGCAAUCACAGUUAAGCUUUAAUGUAGGACCAUGUGUCUGGCAUCUCAUAUCUAAAGGGUGAGAGCCUUCCGCAGGCUCUGCAAGGUGUAAUAAACAGAGUAAGAGAAAAUCCUAUGACACUACUUGUAAGUCGAUCAAAAAUUAUUUCAAGGUGUUCGUAGUAACCUGUCUAAUGUUUUACACUCUUCCAAUAAUUUC